AUGGUAACGAUUGUCGACGAUUUAGGUUCAUUAACUUUGCAAGAGCCAGUUUUCAAGGAUGUCAAGUACUACCUCUCUGGCGAUGUCUCGGAAAGGAUUAUGCAGUUACUUCAGUCGGGAGGAGCAGAAAACACAAAAUAUUUUUCUGAUUAUGUCACUCAUCUAAUUUGUGGCCCAAAUGCCGCUGAUACGGACCUCGACGACGCUCAGGACAUUUAUCAGAUCCCUGCAGUGACUGAAAAUUGGGUCCUUGCGUGUGCUCGACUAAAGAAACUUGCUAAUCCGAAGCCUUACUUCCCUAGCAAGAACAAAAUAUUUUCUAAUGUUACUGCUUGUGUUUCUAAAGUAAGUCCAGCCGACGCGAAAGUGUUAUUUGCAAUUAUAACAUACCAUGGUGGGAAAGUGAAGCUAAAUCUAGAUUCACAGUGUAGUCACUUAAUUUGUGGAUCUGCAUCUGGAAAGAAAUAUAGUGCUGCUCUUACACUUUCUAAGAUUAAAGUUGUUACUCCUGACUGGGUAUUUGAGAGCUUACGGGCAAGAAUACAAGCUGUCACAGAGGUGUUCCACCCGAAAUUGCUUGUAGUGCCACAGCCACCACCCAAACCAAUGGAUCGUAUCAGUGCUAUAACUGGAUUUGAUUUUGAAGAGGGUAUUGCAAAGAAUGAAGUGCCCACCCAAAAUAUGGCAGAAAAUAAAGAUGAGAGUACACAGGCAUUGCUGGAUAAACUAAAGCAAAGAAUGCCAUGGAAUCAUCCCCCAUCUACUGCAAACUCAUCUGCAGCUGUAACUUCUAAUGUUAAUUCUAUGGGUUAUACUACUGCUAUGUCAACACCAAAUAUUAUAAAUAAGUCCAUUCCUCAAGGCAUAGUCACACAAAACUUGCAAAUUCAAAGUAGCCAGGCGAAUACACAGUUUAUUCAGAAAAUGGCCCAAAACUCAACAGUCUCACAACAAGGAAUGAAUCAAAAUCAACAAGUAAAUAUGCAACAACCAAACUAUAAUCAGUCUCAACAACUCCAGCAACAGCCACAUGGUCUGUCUGCAAUACAAAUACAACAACAAAAGUUAUUACAGCAACAUCAGUUAAAAAUGCAAAUGUUGCAACAGAAAAUUGGAAACCAACAAAAUCAACAAAGUUUUUCUCAAUCAAAUGUAUCUGGGUCUCAAAUGACUCAAAACAUUUCCAAUCAAAUACAGCAACAUAUUCAAAGUAACCAACAUCAUAUACAACAAAAUCAGAACACUUCAAUGAGCUCGGCACAGCAGCAAAUUGAAAAUAUCAGUCAAAUGUUAAGUCAAAGUGCUAAUAAUUUGCAACAAGCUCAGCUCAACCAGCAGAAUAUGGUUAUGAAGCAAAGUUUAACUUUAAGUCAACAAAGUGCUGUACAGAAUAUUGCCCAACAAUUAGCCCAAUCUACUCAAAAUCUGCAACAAAGUCUACAGAAUGCUAAACUAAAUCAAAACUUAGGCCAAUCUCAAGUAUUAAAUCAACAACAACUUAUUAACUCUGGGCAACAAAUGUCUACACAGAAUCAGGGCCUAAUGCAACAACAGCAAACUGUUCAAUCUAUGACGAAUCAGCAGCAAAACAUAAACAUGGGUGUUGUUAAUCAACAAGGCUUAGUUUCAUCGUCUCAAGCUCAAAGUGGUCCAGGUGGGCAACUGAACCAACUUGUUGGUAAUACAACUCAACAAUCAGUGAUAGGGCAACAAAUUCAAACGGUUCAACAAAAUAUACAAAGUCAACAGGGAAAUAAUGUACCUGUUCAAAAUACAUGGAGACAACAAAAUAUCCAGAUGGUUCAAAAUGUCCAAGGACAGCAUCAGAUAAUCAGAAGUCCACUAGUCCAAUCACGGAAUCCCCCAGUUCUAUUGCAACAACAAAUUAUGCAAACUCAACAGCAAGCUUUAAUUAACAAUCAACAACAACAGUUGAGCCCACAACACACAAUUCAACAAUCACCUCAACAAAUACUUCAACAAUCUAUCAACAGCCAAGGCCAAACUAUAAGCCAGACACAUCACCAAAUAUUGGUACAGAAGCAACAGCUCCUAAAUGGCUCUGGUCAACAACAAAUUGUCCAAGCACCUCAGCAAGUUCUCAUAAAUCAACAUACAGGACAGCAACAGAUACUAGUACAUGGUAAUCAACAAGUAACCUUGCAGGGUGGGCAGCAAAUAGUAUCUCAGAGUCAAAUUGUACACCAGGGUGGUCAAAUAGUGAAUCAAGGAGGGCAACAGAUAAUCACACAAGGUGGGCAGCAAGUACUGUCGCAAGGUGGUCAACAUGUAAUCACACAGCAAGGCCAACAGCACCAAGUAGUGAUAGCCCAAUCUUCACAACAAUUGGUGACACAGUCUGGCCAGCAGAUAAUGGGGCAGACUGUUGGACAGAAUCAGCAAGUUUUAACACAAGUGCCGCAAUCUCCGCAGCCUGGAACACAACUUUCUGCAGGAGGAAUCCAACAGAUAAUCACUCAUAGUGGUGGACAACAGAUAGUGUCUCCAGGAGGACAACAAAUAGUACAAGGAGGACAGAAUGUAUCGUGGCAGCAGCAGCAGUAUUUGCAACAGAGGCAACAGAUUGGACAGCCAGGAGCAGUUGGACCGAGGGUGUCGUGGACGGCGGGCGGCGGCGGCCGGCAGCUGAUACACCUGGACGCGCAGACGCACGCGCAGCUGCAGCAGAUGGACCCGCAGCAGAGAGCGAUGUUCGUCGCCCAACUGCAGAAGCGGCGACAGCUCUCCAUACAGCGAGCGGCCGCUUUGGCGCAGCAGCAACAAACGGGGGUAGUGUCGGGCUCGCCCGGCGCGCCCUCCCCCGCGCCGCAGAGCGUCACCUUCAUCCGCAGUCAGCUGCCCCCCGGGCUGUCGCAGCAGCAACAGGUGCAAUGGUUGCAACAGCAAGGCGCCAGGACGGCGGCCAUCCCCACCGCGCAGCCCGCGCAACCGCCACAGUCCCCUGGUAUAUUUUUAGUGGGAGGAUCUGUGUCGGGUAGCGUGGGCAAUGUGGGCGGGGUGGGGGGCGCGGCGGUGGAGACGCCCCUGCAGCAGAUGCAGCGGCAGCAGCAGUACCAGCGCUUGCAGCAGCUGCAGGCGCAGCGCGACCACGCGCAACACCACCAUGCAGCAGCGAAACAGGUGGCGCCAGUCACGCAGCAUGUUGUAGCUCCGCUGCAAGAGCAACAGGUUGACGCAUUGUUGACGCCAACUACUCCGGAACAACAACAAGCUGGGGCAGGAGCCCUGCUGGUGAACCCGAAGACCAAGACAGCGCUCGCCAACAUGCUGUCCAUCCGGCUGCAGGGCGCCGCGCCGCCGCCCGACCACGAGCCCUCGGCCGCUGGCACGCUCAGGUUGAUGACGGCGGCGCACGUGGCGGGCGGCGCGGUGCGCGCGCCGGCGCGCCUGCUGCUGGGCCCCGCGCACCACGCGCACGCGGUGCCCGCGCCGGCGGGUAGUGCCGGCGUGGUGGGCAACAAGGUGUACGCGGGCGCGGUGCGCGCGGCUCCCCCACGCGCGCAGUUCUACGGACACAACCCAAACUUAAAACUGCCGCCAGAUCUCUUCUUGCUCGGAUGUGUUUUUCACAUCGUGGAGUACCAGCAGUCGGUGGGUGCCGAGCGUGUGUCCCGAUGGACGGAUGCGAUCGUGCGGCGCGGCGGCGAGGUGGAGGCGGGCUACUGCGCGCGCGUCACGCACGUGCUGUGCGAGACGCAGCGACACGGCGUGGUGAUGCAGGCGCUGCGCGACGCCAAGCGCUGCGUCACUGCCUACUGGGUGGCCGACACGCUGGAGCGCCGCGCCGUGGCGCCGCCCUGGCACGCGCUGCACCUGCCCGCGCUGCACGCGCGCGCCGAGCGCCCCGCCGCGCACCACCGCGCCGCGCUGGCCGGCUGGCGCCGCGACGAGCGCCGCCGCCUGGCCUGCUGCCUGCGCCAGCUGGGCGCGCGCCUCACGCCCUACAUGAGCCGCGACAACACCGUGCUCGUCGCCAAGCGCGCCGACGGUGCCAAGUACCGCCGCGCGCGCGACUGGGGCGUGCCCGUCGUUGGCGCCGCCUGGCUCACCGACCUACUUCUCGGCAACAUGACGGCGCUCGCGCAGAUCGAAAAUGCGAAAUAUCAACAGUUCAACCUCACCAGUCCGUUCAGAAUGGACUACAGCCUGGUAUCACAUUUGAUGAAUGCAUGGAAGAUGCCAAUAAACAUAACGCAAGAGUCGCACGAGCGCGCCAAGCGCAGCGCCGCCGCGCACCCGCGCCGCGCCAAGCGCCCGCGCCUCGAGCCCUACACGCCCCCCGCGCACCCCGCGCAUCCCCCGGCGCACCCCCCGCCGCCCCUCAACUUAGCGCCCCGCGUGCUCUUCUCCGCGCUGCCCCACGCCACGCACAACAGGCUCGCCGCCAUCGUCAGGCAACUUGGUGGCUUAGUUGUGUCGUCAGCUUCAGAAGCAACACAUCUCGUCAUGGAGAAAUUGGUUCGGACCUGCAAGCUGGUGAGCUGUCUCAUUACAGUGAAGCAUCUGCUCACGCCGGAGUGGGUGCUCGAGAGUCAGAGACUGAACAAGUUCGCAGACGAGGCCAAGCACGGCCUUCGGGACGAAGCGUUCAACAAAAUUUUCAAAUGUGACAUCGAUGAAGUAUUACUAUGCGGGGAACAGAGAAAGAAACUGUUUGAAGGUAUCACCUUCUUCCUUACUCCCUGCGUCAAACCAUCCAAAGCGGGACUCACCGAGAUGAUAGAACUCUGCGGCGGAAAAGUCGAAAAGAACCGCCGCUCGUACGUCUCCAUACAAGAAAUGCACACGCAAAAGCCCUUCAGCUACUUAGUACUGACUGUGCCCAAUGAUCUACAUUUAGUGUAUUAUCUUUUACAGUCGGAAAAGACUUUAAAUGUAGUGUGCAGCACCGAAGUGGUACUCUCCGCCAUUAUGCGGCAGAAGGUCCAGAUAGAAGAGUUUCUCGUCAAAAUAGAU